UAAUAUAAAAUUAUAAAUUAUAUAAAUUACAAAUCUCAAGGACAAAUCCGUCCAAACACCCUUGAAAACCUAAACCAGACAAACCCUAAACUAGUGGACCCCCCUCUUACACCUACCCCACCCCCCACCACCACCCCACAACUCUCAACUCUUUAUAAGUUUAUUUUAUCCAUUUUAUUUAUGCCCCGAUCGAUCUAUUUCUUGAUACAAGAAUCCCUAUUAAUUUAUCAGCUCAGAGAAAAGAGGCAGAAUUCUCCAUUUUUUACUGACCGUUGAAUUUCUUGAAUCGAAUGGACGACAAAGCUCAACAACAAAUUCCUCAGGGACUGCAGCCGGAAGAACACGCGCAGCUGGAGCACGUGAUCCGCACGUACCACACCUUCGGCGCAUUGCCCAACACAUGCACGUCGCUCAUCACCCAGCGCAUCGACGCGCCGGCGAACGCGGUGUGGCCACUGGUGCGGCGGUUCGACAACCCGCAGCGGUACAAGCACUUCAUCAAGAGCUGCCGCCUCGCCGCCGGAGACGGCGGCGUCGGCAGCAUACGGGAGGUGACGGUGGUUUCCGGGCUACCCGCGUCCACAUCCACGGAGCGGCUGGAGAUCCUGGACGAGGAGAACCACGUGCUCAGCUUCCGGGUGGUCGGCGGCGAGCACAGGCUGAACAAUUACCGGUCGGUGACUUCAGUGAACGAAUUCAAGAAAGGUGAAUCGGUAUAUACGAUGGUGUUGGAAUCGUAUAUAGUGGAUAUACCGGAGGGAAAUACAGGGGAAGAUACGAAGAUGUUCACAGAUACGGUGGUGAAGCUCAAUCUUCAGAAGCUUGGUGUGGUGGCGGUAGCAUCUCUGCAUGGCGGCGCCGGCCACGAUUGAAUUUAAAUUAUUUAAAUUAAUUAUUUAAUUUCUAGGGGGCGGCGGCGAUAUUGAUCGGAUCGGAUCGGCGGAAAAGAUGGGGUGCAGGCCGCCAGGUAAUUAGAACAAUAAUGGUGGUGCAGAAAUGAUAUGAUGAUGGUGCCCUGCUGGUGGUGGUGUGUGUGUGUGUGUUUUUGUUUUAUUUUUAUUUUAUUGGCUUUGAAUAAUAUGUUUUUUUUUUAUAAUAUUUGUUUAAUUAGUGGAUAGAAAAAGGGGUUUAAUUUCUUUUGUCAUGCAAGUUGGGUUUUUUUUCUUUCUUGUAUAGUUGGAAGAGUUCAAUUAAUUAGUUUUCUUUUUAAUGCUUUGCUCUAUUAUAUUGACAUUUUGAUGUGGAAUAAAUGAUUGGAUGAUCUUGGAUACU